AUGAGUAAAGCAAAAUCGAUCCAGCAGAUUAACGAAAGGGAAUUACAAAGUGGUAUUCUAACAACAGAGCAGUCAUGGCAUUAUCAAUAUAAGGAUCAAGCUUAUAUAUACAUAGGAGGACUUGACAAAGAGCUAACAGAAGGAGAUAUCAUCAGCGUAUUUUCCCAAUACGGUGUACCUGUUGAUCUACUUCUUGUAAAUGAUAAUCAGACAGGAGAAUCCAAAGGUUUUGCAUUCCUAAAAUAUGAAGACCAGAGAUCAACAGUAUUGGCUAUCGAUAACUUAAAUGGGGUUAAAGUCGGCUCUAAUACUAUACAAGUAGAUCACACUUUUUAUGAGCCUAGAGAUGAACAAUGGGACUACCGAGAAACAAUGAAGAACGAACUUGAAAAAGAUUUUGUAGUAAGAGGUAUACCGAAUCUCCCAAGCGAAACGCCAUCCGGAAGUUCAAAAGAAGCUUUUAUUGGCGAGGAUGAUGAUCUAAAAGACCCAAUGCAAGAUGAAAAAAGAAAAUAG